UCUUUCAUUCAAAUUUCUAUCCACUAUCCCAAAACCCAGAUUUUUGCCAGAAUUAGGGUUUCGUCCAAUUAAGUUACUCAAACGAUGUCGUUGAGACCAGGCUCCAGAGCUGAACUCCGUCGCGGCCGCUACAAAGUGGCGGUGGACGCCGAAGAAGGCCGCCGGAGGAGGGAAGACAACAUGGUCGAGAUUCGAAAGAACCGCAGAGAAGAAAGCUUGCAGAAGAAGCGCCGCGAAGGCCUGCAAAAUGCAUUUGUUGUUCAAUCGGAUACCUCUUCUGUCGAAAAAAAGCUAGAAAAUCUACAAGCAAUGGUUGCUGGUGUUUGGACAGAUGAUGGCAGUCUACAACUUGAGGCAACCACUCAAUUCAGGAAAUUGCUUUCCAUAGAACGAAGUCCGCCAAUUCAGGAAGUGAUUCAAGCUGGCGUUGUCCCUCGCUUUGUUCAGUUUCUUAUGAGGGAGGAUUUUCCCCAACUUCAGUUUGAGGCAGCUUGGGCCCUCACAAACAUUGCUUCUGGGACAUCUGAGCACACUAAGGUUGUUAUAGACCAUGGGGCUGUUCCCAUAUUUGUACAGCUUCUUAGUUCUCCCAGCGAUGAUGUCCGCGAACAGGCUGUAUGGGCUCUGGGAAAUGUGGCUGGUGAUUCCCCAAAAUGCCGUGAUCUUGUUCUUGGUCAUGGAGCUCUGGGUCCUUUGCUGGCUCAGCUAAAUGAGCAUGCAAAGCUAUCAAUGUUGCGAAAUGCCACCUGGACAUUAUCUAAUUUCUGCAGAGGCAAGCCUCAGCCUUCAUUUGAUCAGACAAGACCAGCUCUUCCAGUUCUUCAGCAGCUUGUGCAUUCAAGUGAUGAAGAAGUUUUGACUGAUGCGUGUUGGGCACUCUCCUAUCUUUCUGAUGGGACAAAUGAUAAAAUCCAAGCUGUCAUAGAUUCUGGAGUAUGCCCUCGAUUGGUAGAGUUAUUGCUGCAUCCUUCUCCAUCAGUGCUGGUCCCUGCUCUUCGAACAGUUGGAAACAUUUUUUUUUUUUAA